AUGUCAAACAACAUAAAACUAUCAAUUGAGAUAUUACCAGUAGAAUUAUUUCAUUACAUUUUGGAUAAUCUUGAUAUAGAAACAAUUAUUUUUUCAGUUCGACAUGUAUGUCGAUUAUUUCGAUCGUUUGUUAAUAGUUAUAGUAGAUAUAUUUUGAAUUUGACUUCAAUUUCAAAAUCAAAUCUUUAUCUUCUUUGUCGAUUAAUUAAUCCACAUAAUAUUAUAUCAUUGACACUUUCAAAUGAAGAACGAACAUCAAAUCAAAUAGAUUUGUUUAUUUCAUUAGUUCGUCUUCGUCAAUUUACUCGACUUCAUUCAAUAACUCUUAUUGAUAUUAAUGAAUAUCAAUUAAAUUUUAUUUUGAAACGAAUUAAUCUUAAGUUACUUACUUCGUUCUCAUUUAAUAUAAAAAGAUAUGAUGAUAGACGUAUUAAAACAACUAACAGUUUUCUAACAUCAAUUAUCUCUCAAUCGAACUUUCGAAAAAUGGAAUUUAAUUUAACAACUGACAGAUUAUGGAAGACUUCAUGGCCAUUCAAUUGUUCAAUUGAAUAUUUAAUUGUAAAUGAAGAUAUAACUAUGGAUAAUCUUAUAAAAAUACUUCAAUGUUCUCCUCAUUUAUACAAAAUUAUAUUGAAACAAAAAUUUAGCAAAAUUAUUAAUAAUAUCUCUCAAAUAUCUACUCUUCCAAUAUGUUUUCGACAGUUAACAUCAUUAACCAUAGAGAAACUUGAUAUGAAUACUGAUGCAUUGGAAUCAUUUCUUCUAUUGACACCAUCACUUGUUUAUUUGAAACUCAUUGGCGGACAACAUAUGUUUGAUGGAAAACGAUGGGAACAAUUUAUUGAAAUAAAUUUACCGAAAUUAGAGAAAUUUGAAUUUUAUUUUGAUUAUUGGGAUCCAGUGAAAAAAACCUUAACAGAUCUUGAGUUAAUUAUUGCUUCUUUUCGAACACCGUUUUGGAUUGAACACAAAAAAUGGUUUGUUACUUGUGCAUGUGAUAUCAAACGAUCAACCAUUGUCUAUCUUUAUUCAAUGCCAAUAUGCAAAUCAUUUUUAACUUAUGAAAUAGAAUUGCAAAAAAAUUCACUCUCCACUUAUAGCAACAUAAUAGACAAUCAUCAAUUUAUACAAAAUGAUGUCAAUUAUCUCAGUUUGAUUUUAAGUAAAGCAUUAGCCGACUAUAUACAAGAUAAAGAAGCAACAACAAAUCAACUUCUGUUUCCCAAAGUGACUAAAGUUUCGAUUGAAUUUUACGAAGAAUGGCCAUUACUUUCUCUUCAAUCUCUUUCCAUAUUCAUUAAUAUUUCUCAAAUAGUUCAUAUGACAUUGCGUAGCUAUUAUUUUAGUGAAUACAAUCAAAAUGUAUUCAUAGGCAUUCGAAAUUUUAUUGAACAAGCUCAAAAUCUGUCAUCAUUAAUUAUUCAAACUGGUCUUUAUAGAUACAAAUUAAAUUUAGCAAUAGAUAAUAUACAUAGUAUUAUUCCAAAUCAUGUAAAACAUUUGGGAAUACCAAUUAAUACUAUAGAACAAAUACAGAUGAUUCUCGAUCGAUGUAAUCAAUUGACAACAAUCAAAUUUGACGUAAGACUUACUAAAUUCUCUGAAGAAAUCAUUAAAUGGUUUACUGAUAAUACGAUUGAUUCAACAUGUUCGAAAGGUUAUAAAAUGGUUUGUGUAUGGAUUGGCACAAAGAAAACUCAAUCAACUGAAAUAAGUGUUGAUCAUAAACGAAUGAAAUUUUGUUAA